UCGCUCACUGUGCUCCAGCUAGCCUUGGUCGACACACUCGCUGCUCUUGGGGUUCGUCCCGACGCCUUGCUCGGCCACUCCGCUGGUGAGGUUUCCCUUCUUUACGCCAGCGGUGCGGGACCGAAGGCUCUCGCUCUUGAGCUCGCCAUCGCCCGCAGCAAGGCUAUGUCUCUGCUCGAGAAGGAGGACGGCACGAUCACUACCCUGGCUUGCUCACCGGGGUAG